UGAACACAAACGACUGCCAUCCAGCACGUGAUGUCCGCCCAAUGAAUCCGAUCGAUACGUCUUACUACUCUCAGUUCAAAGUGCACCCGUAUAGAUUCCAAUGGCUGCCUGCAAGGCGAAACGUUCACCAUCCUCAAAAUUAAGAGUACGAAAGAAGCAUAAAAAGCAGGAUCACAAGAAAAGACCUCCGGGGCCAUACGCUCUAUUCGUUCAAUCGAAGAGGCAUCUCUACGGCGGAAACAUAGGAAAUUUUGCCCGCCGAUGUGCCUCGGAAUGGCGAAAGCUGUCAGAAGGCGAGAGAGAAACCUAUCGGAAGAGGGCCGCUAGAAAUACCAAACGCAAAGUAAUGGAACCGAAGAGUGCGGCCUAUUUAAACUUCGUCAAUCGAACCUACAGGUGUCUCCGAUCAGCCCAUCCAGAAUGGUCUGCCAAACGAGUCCGGGAGCAACUUAUAAAGAAUUACCACAAACUGAAGUGCAGGUGUACACACCGAAGGUAACUAUGUGAAGCAAAUAAACCCAAAGCAACGCUUAAGCGUCCAAGGUUUGAAUGACUGUGUUAAUCUUAUCACAGUCAAACGACGUUAACCUUAUAUAUACUGCAAGAUUGUUCCGGAGACCCCUCAUAAAUCCCAUACGUCUUUCGUCGCUCACCAUGCAACAAAAAUACCAUUAAAUUGCUGCAGAGUACCUUCGAUUCACCAGUUGAAUGCGCGGAUCUGACAUCCUACCCGCGUUGAUGGCCAAGGGACGAGCAAAAAAGGAAGGAAUUCUUAAAAUAUACUAUGCAGCUGCAUGUACAGCUAGGUAAGACCUAGCCAAUACUGUUAGAACUACCAAAUUGGUGUAAAAUAUACCCGAAUUUUCUCUGGU